UAUCUGGUUGCGGCGUCGAUGAACGUGAUGACGUAGUUGAAGUCGGCUUCGGUGUCGUCUCGAGGCAUGUUUAGAAUAUCGCUGUAGACUUUUUCCAUCGGAGCGUAAGUGGGUGCGCUUGGAUUGUGAUGGGCUUGGAAAGGUUGAUGAGGAAGAUCUGCUUCGGGGCAUGUGAAACACCGUGCGCGUGGUCGUCGGAGUUCCUGGCCGUUCGUCGUCAGAAGGGCGUUGCGUUCUAACACCUCUGCUUGGAUUGUUUGAAGUAUCGUGCUGUUUGCAGGAUGUCCGAGACGUUGGUGCCAGAUGUCGUCGGGAGCGCGGUGGCCGGGCGAGCGGUGGUAGAUGUCGGCGUUGGAGAAGAACGCGACGACUGAGGCGGGACUUCGACAAGCUUCUCGUGUGGCGGGCAUAAGUUGGUCUGCUUCCGUUGGCGGUCCUCGUGUUGAUGGUGGUGGUACUCGGCUGGGUCCUGCUGCUGAUACUGCAGGUAUGGUGUUGGAGUGCCAGAAGCCGUCACUGUCGAAGUCGGGGUCAAGAUCCGGCGGGUGAGUCCAGGCGGCGAACGAUACGAUGCCAUCGCUGUCGGCAGUUCCGCGGUCGGGGACGAAGUCCAACACGAAGACACCGGACUUCAGGAGGGCACGACCGAUGAAGAGGCCGCCCUUCCCGUGGUAAAGCCGGAACUCGUUGGAGUAAGAGUCGCACUCCAGGUUUUCGUUGUUGGCGACGGUGAUGACGACGUCGCGGUUGAGUCGUUUCUCCUGUUGUACGAAGCGUCCCGAGGAGCACAUGUGUUGACCGCAGCAGCUGUCCAAGAACCAGGUGUUUCGCCCGGUGGGUUCGGCGUUGGCGACCGCAGCGUAUGUCGGGUUGACCUGAAGUCCUUGUGAGCGCGGCGGCGGGAAUUCCUCUUCGUCUGAUGUUGAAGAGCGCCUUGGGGAACUUGCUUGAGUGGAAGCAACUUGUGGGUCUGCUGCUCGGUAAACGCGAGGGCGGUUGCAGUUGACUUUGGAGUGUCCGGAAGUCUGGCAGUUGUGGCAGAACGGCGGCACGAUGCUUGUAGAGACUUGAGACUUGGAGUAGUGCAGCGGAAGUUGAGGCAGUUGAACCCUUGUACUAGUAUGUGAGAACAAGUGAUUGAUUAAAGAAACAAGCAUACA